CACAAACGUCAACGGAGAGCGCCACCUUUCGCUACAUGUCCGCAGACAACGUUCACCGGACGUUGGUUGGACGUUCACCUAACGGUCCUUUAACGUCCGCUCAACAAAUGCAAUAGUGUUUCAACUGGACGCACAAGCAACGUUCGCCUAACGUCCGUCUGACGCAGGUUGCGUUACCAGUUGUAGAGCAAAAAAAACCAAACUGUUUUGCUGAAUGAAGGGGAGGGACUGAACUCCUCGGGAAGCUGGAAGGAAGAACUUUUUUUCAAUGAACCCUCUGGUGUCUCUUUUACACAUUUUACCUCCGUGUGUCCUGCUGACUGACAACCGCCUGCAUGGACCAGUUUGCUGAGUAUUUUUUAUUGUAUUUAUUUUUAGAAAUCCCAUGAGGACCGUUGGUGGUGGCAGCAGGCAGAGGAUGCUCUGCAUGGGGUGGAAAGUUUUCAGAUAAGGUGCAACCAGCUGGUGUUUGGACAAGUCUGUAAAGAUAUCAGAUUAGAUAUCUUCCCGAGCAAACAAGUGUCGUGUUUCGCACUGGAAGCCUCAAGAGAAAUUCUGCCCUCCCGUUGAAGCCCAUGUGGACACGACGAUGAAUGAUCCAACGACAACGAUUAAUCCGCCAAUGAGAAACAUACCUGCGACCGUCCCGAUUCUUAUGUUCAUAUUCGGGGUGGUCGGGAAUGUCAUCGCCAUCGCAGUUUUGUGUAGAACUCGCAGAGAGAAAAGGGAGACCACGUUUUACACGCUCGUAUAUGGCCUGGCGGUGACGGACCUCAUGGGCACGCUGCUGGCCAGUCCGAUCACUAUAACCACUUACGCGCAGGGACAGUGGCCCGGAGGGGACCCGCUGUGCCAGUACAUGGGCUUCAUCUUGCUCUUCUUCUCCCUGGCGGGACUCAGCAUCAUCUUUGCCAUGUCUGUGGACAGAUACAUCGCCGUAAACCAUCCCUACGUCUACAACGACUAUGUGAACCAGAAGUAUGCCGGACACACCCUGUUGGCCAUCUAUAUCUCCAACGCGCUCUUCAGCGCUUUACCCGCCAUCGGCUUCGGGCAGGUGGUGAUUCAGCACCCACAAACCUGGUGCUUCUUGGACUGGCGAACCAACCAUACCACCCAUGCCGUCUACUCUUACCUGUACGCCGGGGUCAGCAUUUUUCUCAUCGUCGCCACUGUCGUCUUUAACGUGCUGUUGUGCGUGGUUCUGAUCCGGAUGCACAAGAACUUCUUGCGCAGGAUGUCGCAGGGAACCGACGCCGGGCGCAGCUUGGACUCGCGGAAGAAAUCGACCAGCUUCGCACAUCUGGCCGACUCAGAGAUUCAGAUGGUCCUUGUGCUCGUAGCCACAACGGUGGUGGUGCUCAUCUGCUACAUCCCACUUGUAGUUCAGGUGUUCCUAAACCAGCUUUAUAAGCCUCCAGUGGAGCUAAGCAUUGCAAAGAGCCCAGAUAUACGGGCAAUUCGCUUCGCCUCCUUCAACCCUAUCCUGGACCCCUGGAUCUACAUCCUUCUGCGUAAAUCUGUUUUACGUAAAGUUAUUGAGAAAAUCAAGUUUACAUUUGCCAAAAUAGGAAUAAGAAGAAGGUCAGUGGCAGUUCCCCUUUCAAGCGUUCACCGUCUCGCCUCCUCCAGCUGUCCCUCUGUGUACUCUGAAGACCCACAGAUGGUCAGGCAUAACUCUCAGGGUUUCCUCUACGUGUUGGAGGACAUCAAGACAGCUACUGAAAGCCAGCUGCAGAAAACCAGGCCGAGUGACCCGGAACAGAGCAAAGGAGCGAGCGCAUUCACAGAUUUAACAGUGGUCACCUGCACAGAAGAUCACUGAUCACAGUGGAGGAGAAAUGCAUUCAACCUCUUUCUGAAUAAGGAAUGCUGACAUCUCAUAUUUCUUUCCUGAGGCAGAAUGUCAGUUAUUUCUCCAUAGGAGAAGAUGUACAUUUCUUUUAGAAAAAAGAAAAUGUGGAAACAUAAAAAUGGAUGCUGAACUAAUAUUUUGUGACUCAUGCACAUGCGGUGAACAUAGACGCAGGUGGCAAGUUCUCAUUGGAAAAUAAUAAUAAUGUGGAUUACUGGUUUCUAUAAGAUAGAAACUGCCUUUUUCCAGUGAAAAAAGCACUACAAUUUGCAUUAAACAAGUUUUUAUUGGCACUGAUGUUGUUGAGCUCUGAUGCUGAAAAUAAACAAUGUUUGCACAUCGAACUAGAGUUGAAAUGUAGUGUGGCUAUAAUUAUUUAAAGUAGCUCUGAAAAUAUCUUAGACCCCUAAGUAAUUAUAUUAAUUUAGGUUCAGUUAUGAGAAAUAUAUUUAAAAAUCUCAAAAAGUAUCAACUGAGGGCUGGACGCAAAACCAUUUGAUGCUGUUUGUCAGAUGUCAAAAAAACAUCUGACAAACAAAAAAACAAUAUUUAAAAAAAAAACAAUACCACUAGCAUCACCAUUAUUACUGUUAUUGCUAUUUUUUAUUAUCAUUACAGUUAAUAUUACAUAAUAGCAAUGGUAUUCAAAGUUAAACUGGCUUGUACAUUUCUAUUGUGUCUCUACAAAAAUGCCCCUCACAAUGUGGGCGGCGACAUCAGCACACAGUCACUCAGUUGAUGUUUACUCUUGUAUGUCUCUGAUCGUGAGCAUUCAGCUACCUCAGUGAAGACAAGUUGAGAUUCUGUGGGAGAUUUCCUGCAGCCGUCAGUGCAGGACAGUGACGGUAGCGUGCGUAGCAGCGACUGUGUGCACUCACCGCACGAACCGUGUUCUGCAAAGUCAAUGAGGCCGGUAAUUCAGGAGAAGUGAGUCACAAGAUAUAAGGUCAUUACAGUAUAUAAAAACAGUAGUGUGUGUAACUCCUGGGAUUAAUCAUUGGUAUGCGCUGCCAUGGACAGACUCAUCUCUAAAACAAACUCUGCUGAUACAUGGAAAGGAUUUCUUGUGUUAGCUCCGUGACAAAUGCGCAGCACAGUGAUAUAUUGCAAUGAAUACAUGCUCUUUGUUUCUCUGCCACACAAACCUGCUAUUGUAAUAUUCAAAACAAUUUGUUCUCUUGAAAAUUAGGGUACAAUGAUUCCUGUUCUAUAACAGAUGAGACUUAAAUAUUUCCCUGACUACAGAGUUUUGGUGAAGUCAGUGGAGAUCUGUUCAAUAAUGUGGAUUACUAGUUUCUAUAAGAAAGAAACUAAUACAACAAAUUGUUGUCAAGGAGAUAAGAGCAGUGAAACAGUUCUCUAGUUUUUAGAGAGAUCCAAAGAGAUAAAGACUCAAAAUUAAAAGGUCUGGUGUUACAGUUAUUAAAAUUUAUACAGUACAGCAAAAUAAAUAUUUUUUUGUAAAAUUCUGGUAUGUGUAGUUUUUAAAUUGGGGGAAAAUAAGAAUACCUGUUCAAGCAUUUCUUCCACAGCAAAUUAUUAAUAGCAGAAAAAAUAAAACAUUUUGGUACAAAUAAAUGUGCAUACUAUGCUAGGAAAAAACAGUAAAAUAUGUAAACACUGCAGUCAGUUCAAUGCGAAACAAUAGCUUUAUUCUGCAAUUUGUAAUUCAAAAGCAUCUGAGGGUUAUAUCAUCCUCAGAGCAGUUUCUUAAAUAUGCUUCCUGCUGUUUUUUUCUUUUCUUUUUUUUCUGAGUUUCAAAACACUUUGCUUGGUUUGGCUUAUGUAAGGGGGGAUUCAGCUGAGCUUUUGUCAGUAGUAAACAUCUUACCUACACACAGUACUCAGUACCGUUUCAGUCUGGAGAAACAGAAACGUUCUCACGGAAAAGUGAAAGUAACUUCUGUUGUGAGGGUGACCAUGUGUGAAAGCUGAUUUUUUGACCACUUGAAACAACUCUUAUCUCAAAGAAUACAUAAUCUUGUUUUAAAGAGCUGCAUUAUUUUGCAUCUAAUGAUGACUUUUAGGUUAUGAGGUCUUAUCUGAAGUCUGGUAGCUUUCAUUCCUUGUCAUUACAUAAUUAAUCUGUUGUAAUGCUCUGUUGUCAUUACGUGAGAAAAUGUGAGGAUAUGAAGGGCAUUUUUAGGUCACUGACAUAAAAACAAAAGAUCACCAGUUUUGAGCUGCUGCAUAUGUGCUGCUGGAAUGCCAUCUUGAAUUCUUUAUAUAGCAUUUUAUACCCAGAAUAUUCAGUCAGAGGGAUUUUUAGAUUCAAAGGCAUGAACAAAGUAAAAUUAACUACUAUUUUAUCAAAACAGCUGCAAUAAGCCCUUUGAGUUCAGAGUGUUUUAUGCUGUUUUGUUCUAUUUAUAGAUUGAGUUAAUUUUGAUGAAAGGUGCCGUAUUUACAAUGUUCUACUGUGUCAGGACAAAUGAAGCUGUUUAUUUCUUUAACAGGUCGGUAUUAUGUAUUUACCUGGCUUGUAGUCUCAUUUUAUAGCACAAUCAAGUAACUAUGUUACCUUCAGUUGUGUCAAACAUGACUUCCGAGAAAUUUGACUUGACAAUUUGACCCCGUGAAAUUGCCCCGCUUCUCUUUAAGAAACUGCUGCUCUUUCUGACUCUCUGCUUUCAGCCCCUCAUCACAACACGGCCUUUCCACUCUGCUGUUUACUGUUUUGUUUCUGAGCAGCUCUGGACUGAGACGCAGUUUGUAUCGUGAGCUCAGCAGAUGUGCAGUUCCAACAGGUGUUUGCUAAUUGUUGCUUCAGUCAUCCCCGAUGUAAGAUGUAAGGAUUUCUCAAGCAUGAAUGAAGGAACAGUACUGCUAUGCUGCAGAAGCAACUUUAAGCAGAAAAUAAUGUGUAAAAAGACAACAGUGUGACUGUGGCAGUAAUUUAACUCUAGAACUGGUUCCUCUUUCAAAAUCUCAGCUGCUCAGUCAGAACUACUCUUUCUCCAAGCUGAGGAUGUUGAAGCUGCUCUCUGCUGCAGUAAGAUACUGACUGCUGAACAUUAUUCCCUGAUUCAUAAACAAUCAUAAUUUUUGCUUUAAUUUCCUCUUAUGUAAGUUGACACCUUCUGCUGCCAUGUUAUUUUUUAAACUGCUGCUAAAAUGAAGUAUUAUCAGCUUUGUGACUAAUGUUAUAUUGCCUCAAAUGGUUGCUUAGCUAUAAAACUGCAUCCUCACUCUUCUUGUUUUUGUUAUGCUUCCUUUUAUGUCAAACUACUACAAUUUGAUUGGAGUCUGACAUGCAGGUGUCUUGUUCAGCAAGAUUUGUUUUUAUUUAUUUCAAACUGUUAAUUUAUGCACUUUAUAUUUUUUUGUUGCUUUAAUUAUUUGUGAAAUUGUAAGGUGGUUACUGUUUUUUUGCAAACACGAUUGAGUGUUGAUAACUCAAAACGUCUGUGCGGUAACUGAUGGGUAUUUGUAAACUUAAUGAUGCAGCUGUAAUUAACUGGCAAUGUUGCUUCAUUAAAACAUGGCCUGUGAAGUGCA